CACAUAAUCACCGCAUAUUUAAACACGAUACCUCGCAAAAAGUUUACAAUGGUCUGAUGUAUGACCAACAUAUUAAUACUGAACGGAUAGACUGAUAAAUUAUUCAGUUAACAGAAACAGUACUAGUUAUCCGGGGUUUUAAAUUAUAUAUGUUGAAACUCUUUUGAACUUCAAGCAUGGACACCAAAGUAGAAAGGAGUUCAAUGACAGAGUUCUGGAAGGAGCACAGCCGCCAGGCCACCGUGGAGGAAAUGAUGUUAGACUCCCACGCCAAGGAGCUGACCCAGCAUGAGCUGCCCGAGAUCCUCUCCCUGCUGCCCAGUCUACAUGACCAGAGGAUCCUGGAGCUGGGCGCCGGCAUCGGAAGGUUUACCAGCCAUCUGUUGGCCCAGGCCAGUCACGUGACAGCGGUGGACUUCAUGGAGAGCUUUGUGAAGAAAAAUCAGCAGGAAAAUGGCCACCAUAGCAAUGCAGCCUUCAUCCAGGCUGAUGUCACCAAGCUGGACUUUCCCAAAAACAGUUAUGACAUCAUAUUCUCCAACUGGCUGAUGAUGUACCUAAGCGAUGAAGAACUGAGGUCACUAACAGAGAGGAUGCUGGGAUGGCUCCGUCCUGGAGGAUACUUGUUCUUCAGAGAGUCCUGCAACCACCAAUCAGGCGACUCUAAAAGGGACUUUAACCCAACGCACUACAGGUCAUCGGCACAGUACAGUCAUCUGAUUACAACUACACUGUGGAAGGGGCCUGAGGGGGAGGACGGUCAGGUGUUUGGCUUUGACAUUGUUCUUAAUAAAACCGUGCAGACUUACAUCAAGAUGAAGAACAACCAGAACCAGGUGUGUUGGCUACUACAGAAGGUUAGCCGUAACGCUACCUGUCAGGGUGGCUUCAGUACCUUCCAGCAGUUCCUGGAUAACCAGCAGUACACACGCAACGGCAUCCUGCGUUAUGAGAAGAUGUUCGGGGCAGGAUACGUAAGCACUGGAGGCCCCAGCACCACAAAGGAGUUUGUGGACAUGCUAAACUUGAAGCCGGGGAUGAAGGUUCUGGAUAUUGGGUGUGGCAUCGGCGGGGGAAACUUCUACAUGGCAAAGACCUUCGGUGUGGAGGUCCUGGGCUUGGAUCUGUCAGCCAACAUGGUGGAAAUAGCCGUGGAAAGAGCCGUGAAGGAGAAGCUGCCAUCAGUCCACUUUGAGGUGGCUGACGCCACCAAGAGAGACUUCCAGCAGGGUUCGUUUGAUGUUGUCUACAGCCGAGACACCAUCCUGCACAUUGAUGACAAACUGGCACUGUUCAAGCGCUUCCACUCGUGGCUUAAACCCGGUGGUCAGGUGCUGAUUAGUGACUACUGCUGUGGGGAAAAGCCUUGGACUCCUCAGUUCCAGGAGUACGUCAAACAGAGAGGCUACAUUCUGUACACGCCACCACAAUACGGCAAGUUCCUGGAACAGGCAGGUUUCUCUGAUGUACGUGCUGAGGACAGGACCGCUCAAUUCAUGCAGGUGAUCGAGAUGGAGCUGGCCAGAGCAGUGCCCAUUAAAGAUGAAUUCAUCAAGGAGUUCUCAGAGGAAGACUACCUGGCCAUAAUCAAUGGCUGGAGUGAAAAACUCCAGCGCUGCACUACUGGGGACCAACGCUGGGGUCUAUUCCAUGCAUCAAGGAACUGAGGGAGAUGAAACGAGGAGUGAGAGAAACCCUCUCGAGGAGAUUACCAAUCUGAGACUACACACCUUGUAGCACUUAUUAACAGAUGGUUAAGUAUUCUAUUUCAAUGAAGAAAUGUUCAGUGUCCCGGGACCAGUCUGUCUUAAAUAUGUAUAUUUAUUGGUAUCUUAAAUUUGAGAUGUUCUAAUGGAUUGCAUAUUUGUAAUAUAUUAAUUGUAUUAACAUAAUUGUAUAAAUAACUGAUAUAUGAACUUAUCCACUUACAUUUGAUGUGAUGUGUGUAAAGUUGAAUAUUGUAACUGAAUAAAAAUGUGCAUCAUUACCCAGACUGUAUUGUGAG